AUGGCGUCGUCAACUCCAGUACCAAAUGUUCCUAGCCCUUCAGCCUCACAAAAUGCCCCAACCAGACCUUCCAGAAACAGAACAAAGCCACUUUGGCUAAAUGACUACAUAACUUGUAAUUCCAGCUCACAUCUUCCUUCUGCUGCUGUGGAUCAAUCCUGCAAGGCAACCUCAUCAGUUUUCAAAACAAGGCAGGUCCAGAUGUCCCAUAUUGGGUUUACGUUGUUCCUGAAAAUUUUAGAGCCCAAUGUAAAGGUCCAAGCUAACGUUACUUACGCCUUUCACUGGCCCACUCCUCUUAAAUAUGUGUAG